GGGCGGCGGCCAGGGCCCCCCGCGCCCCCCGCGCCCCCCGGCACCCGCACCGCCGCCAUGUCGCUGCUCUGCGUCGGAGUUAAAAAGGCCAAGUAUGAUGGGCCCCAAGAGAAGUUUAACACCUACGUGACCCUGAAGGUGCAAAAUGUCAAGAGCACGACCAUCGCAGUGCGGGGCAACUUGCCCUCCUGGGAGCAGGACUUCAUGUUUGAGAUCAAUCGGCUGGACUUGGGCCUGACUGUGGAGGUGUGGAACAAGGGGCUCAUCUGGGACACCAUGGUGGGCACGGUGUGGAUCCCCCUCCGGACCAUCAGGCAGUCCAAUGAGGAGGGCCCUGGGGAAUGGCUCACACUCGACUCCCAGGUCAUCAUGACAGACAAUGAGAUUUCAGGCACCAAGGAUCCGACCUUCCACCGCAUCCUCCUGGACACGCGCUUUGAGCUGCCGCUGGAUAUCCCUGAGGAGGAGGCCAGGUACUGGGCCAAGAAACUGGAGCAGCUCAACGCGAUGCGGGACCAGGAUGAUUAUGCCUUCCAGGAGGAGCAGGAAAAGCCUCUGCCUGUGCAUGGCUCACAGUGCUGCAACUGGAAUUAUUUUGGCUGGGGAGAACAGCAGAACGAUGACCCCGACAGUACCGUGGAUGACCGGGACAGUGACUACCGCAGCGAGACCAGCAACAGCAUCCCCCCACCCUACUACACCACGUCCCAGCCCAACGCCUCCGUGCACCAGUACCCCAUGAGGCACCAGCAGCAGAGCUCCCGCGACUCCUACACCGACUCCAUGCAGAGCUACGAGAUGGACUACUCGGACCAGGCUCCCAUCAGCCCCACAGGCAGCAGCCGCUACGCCUCGUCGGCCGAGCUGAGCCAGGGCAGCUCCCAGCUGAGCGAGGACUUCGAGAACGAGAGCCUGCGGGACUCGGAGCUGGACGAGAGGGACGGCGACUCCUACCACUCCUGCCACAGCUCCGUCAGCUACCGCAAGGACUCCCCCCGCUGGGAGGAGGAGGAGGAUGAUGAUGAUCUCUACCUGGAGGAGGAGGAGGAAGAGUUCAUUGAGGACUACAGUGAGACUGAGGAAGGCUACCCCAAGGAAGAGGAGUUGGAAGAGGAGGAGGAGGAGGAGCUGCGGGAGCAGGACACCUAUGAACCCCCUGAGCAUGAAACGUACCCACCACCACAGAAACCCCUGCCACAGCAGCCACAGCAGCAGCAGCAGCAGCAGCAACAGGUCCUGCAGCAGCAGCAACAGCAGCAACAGCAACAGCAGCAGCAGCAAGCCCAGCUGGUGCCACAGCAGAAGCCUCAGCAGCAGGAAAGGAAGGAGGAGAGGAAAGAGGAGAGGAAGGAGGAGAAGGACACCUCUGCUCCCCAGGAAGCCCCUGAGGCCCUCCAGGCCCAGCGGGCAGAGGAGGAAGUUCCCCUGCAAGAGGCAGCCCCGGAGACGGAGCCCCCAAAACCAGCUGAGAGGGAGCCGGCAGAGGAGGAGGUGCAGGACCCCAAAGCACGAGCCAAAGCCAACUGGCUGAGAGCCUUCAACAAGGUCUGCAUGCAGCUGCAGGAGGCCCGCGGGGAAGGUGAUGGAGAAAAAUCCCUGUGGUUCAAAGGAGGGCCUGGUGGCGGGCUGAUCAUUAUAGACAGCAUGCCGGACAUUCGCAAGCGAAAACCCAUCCCCCUAGUUAGCGAUUUGUCCCUGGUCCAGUCCAGGAAAGCGGGAAUCACAUCCGCGCUGGCCUCGAGCACCUUGAACAACGAGGAGCUGAAAAACCAUGUUUACAAGAAGACCCUGCAAGCCUUAGUGUACCCCAUCUCCUGCACAACGCCCCACAACUUCGAGGUGUGGACGGCCACCACGCCCACGUACUGCUACGAGUGUGAGGGGCUGCUGUGGGGCAUUGCCCGCCAGGGCAUGCGCUGCGCCGAGUGCGGCGUCAAGUGCCACGAGAAGUGCCAGGACCUGCUCAACGCCGACUGCCUGCAGAGAGCAGCAGAGAAGAGCUCCAAGCAUGGGGCAGAGGACCGGACCCAGAACAUCAUCAUGGUGCUCAAGGACCGCAUGAAGAUCCGGGAGCGCAACAAACCAGAGAUAUUUGAGCUGAUCCAGGAGGUGUUUGGGGUCAACAAGACCACACACACACAGCAGAUGAAGGCAGUCAAGCAGAGUGUCCUGGAUGGCACCUCCAAGUGGUCAGCCAAGAUCAGCAUCACAGUGGUGUGUGCCCAGGGCCUGCAAGCAAAGGAUAAGACAGGUUCCAGUGACCCCUAUGUCACUGUCCAGGUUGGAAAGACCAAAAAAAGGACUAAAACUAUCUACGGCAACCUCAACCCAGUCUGGGAGGAGAAUUUCCAUUUCGAGUGCCACAACUCCUCUGACCGCAUCAAGGUCCGUGUGUGGGACGAGGAUGAUGACAUCAAGUCCCGCGUCAAGCAGCGCUUCAAGAGGGAAUCCGACGACUUCCUGGGCCAGACCAUCAUCGAGGUCCGGACCCUGAGCGGGGAGAUGGACGUCUGGUACAACCUUGACAAGCGCACAGACAAGUCUGCAGUGUCAGGAGCCAUCCGGCUGCACAUCAGCGUGGAGAUCAAGGGCGAGGAGAAGGUGGCUCCCUACCAUGUCCAGUACACCUGCCUGCAUGAGAACCUGUUUCACUUUGUGACGGAUUUGCAAAACAACGGCGUGGUGAAGAUCCCCGACGCCAAGGGGGACGAUGCGUGGAAGGUUUACUUUGAUGAGACAGCACAGGAGAUCGUGGAUGAGUUUGCCAUGCGCUAUGGGGUGGAGUCCAUCUACCAGGCCAUGACGCAUUUUGCCUGCCUCUCCUCCAAGUACAUGUGCCCCGGGGUGCCGGCGGUGAUGAGCACCCUGCUGGCCAACAUCAACGCCUACUACGCUCACACCACGUCCUCCAGCAAUGCCAACGCCUCCUCCGACCGAUUCGCAGCCUCCAAUUUCGGUGUAAGUCCCAUGAAAGAUCGCUUUGUCAAGCUCCUGGAUCAGCUGCACAACUCCCUGCGCAUCGACCUCUCCAUGUACCGGAACAACUUCCCUGCCAGCAGCCCCGAACGGCUGCAGGACCUGAAGUCCACAGUGGAUUUGCUGACCAGCAUCACCUUCUUUCGGAUGAAGGUACAGCUGGGGCCCUGCUCUCCCUGUCCAGAGCUGCAGAGCCCCCCACGAGCCAGCCAGGUGGUGAAGGACUGUGUGAAGGCCUGUCUCAACUCCACCUACGAGUACAUCUUCAACAACUGCCACGAGCUCUACAGCCGCGAGUACCAGACAGACCCGACAAGAAAGGCGAGGUUGCCCCCCGAGGAGCAGGGCCCCAGCAUCAAAAACCUGGAUUUCUGGUCAAAGCUCAUCACCCUGAUUGUCUCCAUUAUUGAGGAAGACAAGAACUCCUACACACCCUGCCUGAACCAGUUCCCCCAGGAACUGAACGUGGGGAAGAUCAGCGCUGAGGUGAUGUGGAACCUCUUUGCUCAGGACAUGAAGUAUGCCAUGGAGGAGCACGAGAAGCACCGCCUGUGCAAGAGCGCAGACUACAUGAACCUGCACUUCAAGGUGAAGUGGCUGUACAACGAGUACGUCACCGAGCUGCCCUCCUUCAAGAGCCGCGUGCCCGAGUAUUGCAGCUGGUUCGAGCCCUUUGUCAUCCAGUGGCUGGAUGAGAAUGAAGAGGUGUCACGGGAUUUCCCCGGAGCCCUGGAGCGGGACAAGAAGGAUGGGUUCCAGCAGACCUCGGAGCACGCGCUCUUCUCCUGCUCCGUGGUGGACGUUUUCUCCCAGCUCAACCAGAGCUUUGAGAUCAUCAAGAAGCUGGAAUGCCCUGACCCCCAGAUUGUGGGGCACUACAUGAGACGGUUUGCCAAGACCAUCAGCAAUGUGCUGCUCCAGUACGCUGAGAUCAUAUCCAAGGAUUUUGCCUCCUACUGCUCCAAGGAGAAGGAGAAAGUGCCCUGCAUCCUGAUGAACAACAUCCAGCAGCUCCGUGUCCAGCUUGAGAAGAUGUUUGAAGCCAUGGGUGGAAGGAUGUGACUGGACACAGAAGCCAGUGAUAUCCUCAAGGAGCUGCAGGUGAAGCUUAACAACGUCCUGGAUGAUCUGAGCCGAGUGUUUGCCACCAGUUUCCAGCCCCACAUCGAGGAGUGUGUGAAGCAGAUGGGUGACAUCCUGAGCCAGGUGAAGGGCACUGGCAACGUCCCCGCCAGCACCUGCAGCAGCGUGGCGCAGGACGCCGACAACGUCCUGCAGCCCAUCAUGGACCUGCUGGACAGCAACCUGACACUCUUUGCCAAGAUCUGCGAGAAGACGGUGCUGAAGCGGGUGCUGAAGGAGCUCUGGAAGCUGGUGAUGAACACCAUGGAGAAGACCAUCGUGCUGCCCCCUCUCACAGACCAGACGGGCACGCUCUUGAGAAAACAUGGCAAGGGGACAGAGAAGAGCAGGGUGAAGCUGCCCAGUCACACUGAAGGCACACAGAUGAUUUUCAACGCGGCCAAGGAGCUGGGGCAGCUUUCCAAGCUGAAGGACCACAUGGUGCGUGAGGAAGCCAAGAGCCUGACCCCGAAGCAGUGUGCUGUGGUGGAGCUGGCACUGGACACCAUCAAGCAAUACUUCCAUGCUGGCGGCGUGGGGCUGAAGAAAACGUUCCUGGAGAAGAGCCCUGACCUGCAGUCGCUGCGCUACGCCCUGUCCCUCUACACCCAGGCCACAGACCUGCUCAUCAAAACCUUCGUGCAGACCCAGUCAUCACAGGGCUCUGGCGUGGAUGACCCCGUUGGGGAGGUGUCCAUCCACGUGGAGCUCCUGACCCACCCCAGCAGUGGCGAGCACAAAGUCACCGUCAAAGUGGUGGCUGCCAAUGACCUCAAGUGGCAGACCUCGGGCAUCUUCCGGCCCUUCAUCGAGGUCAACAUCAUCGGGCCCCACCUCAGCGACAAGAAGAGGAAAUUUGCCACCAAAUCCAAGAACAACAGCUGGGCCCCCAAGUACAACGAGAGCUUCCAGUUCACGCUGGGCACAGAGACGGGCCCCGAGUGCUACGAGCUGCAGGUGUGCGUGAAGGAUUACUGCUUCGCCCGGGAGGACCGCACCGUGGGCAUCGCCGUGCUGCAGCUGCGGGACAUCCUGCAGCGCCCCGGCUGCGCCUGCUGGCUGCCCCUGGGCCGCCGCAUCCACAUGGACGACACGGGGCUCACCGUGCUGCGCAUCCUCUCGCAGCGCAACAACGACGAGGUGGCCAAGGAGUUCGUCAAGCUCAAGUCGGACACGCGCUCGGCCGAGGAGGGCAGCAGUUAAAGUCCUUUGUUCCCCCAGCCCUCGCCCCCGCUGCCGGCCCCUGACAGGAUCCCCAGCCGUGAAUAAGCCAUAGGAGGGGCCGCAGAGGUGGCGCAGGGAGGGGGAGCUGUGGCUGCAGGGACAGAGCCUCCCCUCCUCCCCGGCCAGCACGGCUGGCUGACGGCGAGCACACCUGCGGGAAGGUGCUGCUGCGGGGGCUGCAGGGAGGGGCUGGAGCCCAGCCUGCCCUUCCCCAGCCUGCCCGAGAUGGAGGAGCCCAUCUCUGAACCGCCACUGUCCCACCCGGCCCCAGCCCUCCCCGAGUGACACAAGGAAAGGGCUGUGGGGUGUGUGUGUGUCUUGUGCCAUAUGUGGGUGUUGGUGAGUGGCUGGCACAGCGUGGUGGUGCCCCUUGUCCCCAUCCCUGUCCCUGGUGUGUCCUGAGGGCGGGGCAGCUGCCAGCCCCGAGCACAUCUUGUACAUAUGUAAAUACCUGUACAUACAGGGCAGCUGGACAGGCUGUGUCCUGCCCCUGGAAGGGCUAUUGGGGCUGUUGGCUCGGUGGGUGCAGCCCCCACAGGCCCUGCACAGGGUCCCCUCCCUGGCUGGCAGCAGCAUCACAGGGUCGGGAGCAGCAGGGAGCAGCCCCCGGCCCGUUUCCUGUCUUCCCUGCCUUGCUGCCACCCUGGGCUCCCCCAGUGCCCCCCACAAGGUGCCAGGGCUGGGGGAGGCAGGGGCUGAGGGGCCUGGGCACAGGGACUGUUGCUCUUUGCUCUGGCCACGGGGAGCAGCGCCCCUGAGCAGUGCAGCCCACGGGAUCUCCUUGGCACAAGCAAACCCUCCCCAGCCCAGCCCAGCCCAGCCCAGCCCGGAGAACCCCUCCAGUGCCCCGGUGAGCAGCAGUUCUGUGCCCCAGUGCCCCAGUGAGCACCGUUUCCGUGUGCUGUGGUGUGCAUGUCUCGUGUGAGUGCCUGGGAGGCCUGGGGUGCGGUGUUGGGGUGGCCACCCCCAUUCCGGGGCACACAGAGGCCUCACGACCCCACAGAUCAGUACAGCUCUCCCAGCCCCUCCCAUCCCCAAACAGGGUACCCCAGAUGCUCCUUUGCCUCGAGGGUUUGCCGGGACCAGAGGGUUUCACGUUGCUCUCUCGUUUCUGUUCAAUGUUUACACCCUUCUCCAGCGGCUGCUCCUGCACGGCCGGGCCGGGGCUCGGCCCCGCCGCCCCUCCGUGGUGCCCUGAGCCCCCUCCCCGAGCGUCCUGUUCGGCAUGUGAUGGAACUGACCAAUCCUGCUCCUGUAGCACAGUGUCACCGAUGCCUGUGUGUCUGUCCCGCCCCCGCGGCGGCUCCCAUGGAUGCAUGACAGUGAGAUGUUUUGCACUAUUUUGAAUUUUUUGGGCUCUGUAAAAAUAUUUUAUUAUAACUGACAUUAAAAAGCACACCCUUCA